AUAACAAUAUUUACGCGUGCUCUACUUUCAAAUUAUUGUAUUUAUUAUACUAUUUACUAAGGGUAGCAUUUUGACAUCUUAUUAAUUACUUUUUGUCAUGUACCACAAGGAAUACUGUAAUUUUGUGCGUCCCACGUCCGAAGAGACUGCUACAUCUACAUUUUUUGCUACUUCAUUAAACGGAGAAACAGCGAGAAAACUUUAUUUAGAAGAAGUAGGUAGCUGUCAUAAUUCACAAAAAUCGAAAUCCACUGUUAAUCAAUCCGAAUGUAAGAUAAAACGUAAGAGUAAAGAUGAUGAAAUCGAGUUAUCUAAUCUACAGAUGUACCAUUGUGUGCAAAAUAAUGAUGUUGAUAAGCUACGACAGUUUCUAGAUAAAUAUCCUGAUAAGAUAAACACGUUAGAUGAAUUCGGAUGGAGUUUGCUCAUGAUAGCAUGUCAGGCCAACUCUAUUGAAACUGUCGAAGAACUUCUUAAACGUAAUAUAAACACAGCAGUUAGAGACAAAGCGGGUAGAUCAGCACAAAGUUUAGUAAUAAGAAAUAAAAAUGUCAUACUUGCUGAUAUACUUUUAAAACACAGUAGACAAAUAAGCUUACACAAGGACAAGAUAAAUGAUAAGAAGUCAAAUAGUGAUAGAUUAAAAGAAAACUAUGUUUGUGAAAUUUGUGACAAUAAAGUAUUUGAAAAUAAAAUAGAACAUUUAUCUUCAACAAUACACAAUAUAAAUGCCAGUAAAGGAAAAAAAAUUCCAACAAAAUAUGUCAUACCUGAAUCUAAUAAGGGUUAUCAAAUUAUGUUAAAAGUUGGUUGGGAUAAAGAAGAAGGUUUAGGUCCAGAUGGUACUGGGAGAAAAUAUCCCAUCAGAGGUAUCCAAAAAAAGGACAAAAAGGGCCUUGGACAUAAAUUAAAAAAAAAGGAGACCCCUACUACAGAAUCUGUGAGAGAAUUUAAUAAAAAGUUGGCCUCUAGAGAGCAUGACAAACAUAAAAGAAUGGAAAUAAAUUUUAGAAGAGAAUUUUAUUAAAUAUACAAAUUAGCAAAUU